GUCUGGUUUGUUUUUUUUUUUUUUUUUUAAUUGUUGUUGUUUUUUAAAUUCCAAACUGGGUUCUCCAACAGCAUAGCAGGAUUUUUAGUCACUCUUUUCCCCCUCUGGAAACCCAAAACAAGUCGUCCUGGUACUUCUGCCCCCUGUGGCUCUCCCUCCGGUGUGAGUUGCUUGGCAUGGGUUGUUUUGUGACCAGCAGACCCCAUCGGUCUCCGUGGGAGGGGCAUCCCUCCCCUGCAGCAGGAACCACCACUCUGGGUAGCCGUGGUGUCCCCUCUGGCUCUAACCGGUGGCUUCUCCUGCAGACAGAGAUGCAGCUGUUCCUUCUCACGUUCCUGCUGCUGCUACUGCUGGCCUCCACUCCAGGGUCUUGGGCUCGAAAUGUGAGGCGCCAGAGUGACAGCUGGGGAGCCUGGGGCGACUGGAGCCCCUGCAGCCGGACCUGUGGAGGAGGCAUCAGCUUCCGGGAGCGCCCCUGCUACUCCCAGAGGAGAGAUGGAGGCACCAGCUGCGCGGGCCCCACGCGCAGCCACCGCACCUGCCACACCGAGAGCUGCCCGGACGGCACGCGGGACUUCCGGGCUGAGCAGUGCGCAGAGUUUGACGGCACAGACUUCCAGGGCCGGCGCUACCGGUGGCUGCCCUACUACGCAGCUCCAAACAAAUGUGAACUGAACUGCAUCCCCAAGGGGGAGAGCUUCUACUACAGACACAGGGAGGCUGUGGUGGACGGGACGCCCUGUGAGCCUGGCAAACGGGACAUCUGUGUGGACGGCAUCUGCCGAGUCGUCGGCUGCGAUCACAAGCUAGACUCGACCAAGCAGGAGGACAAGUGUCUGCAGUGCGGGGGUGAUGGCUCAACCUGCCACCCUGUCACGGGAACCUUUGAUGCCGACGAUCUCAGCAGAGGCUACAACCAAAUCUUCAUCAUUCCUGCUGGGGCCACCAGUAUCCGCAUCGAGGAAGCCGCUGCCAGCAGGAAUUUCCUGGCCGUGAAGAGCGUCCGCGGCGAAUACUACCUCAAUGGUCGCUGGACCAUCGAGGCAGCCCAGGCUCUGCCGGUGGCCAGCACUGUCCUCCAUUACGAACGGGGUGUGGAGGGGGACCCAGCCCCCGAGAGGCUGCAGGCACGGGGCCCGACCUCGGAGCCCCUGGUCAUCGAGCUCAUCAGCCAGGAGGCCAACCCCGGCGUACAUUACGAGUACUACCUGCCACGGAACGACCCCGGCCGAGGCUUCAGCUGGAGCCACGGCUCCUGGAGUGACUGCAGCGCCGAGUGUGGCGGAGGUCACCAGACCCGCCUGGUAUUCUGCACCAUUGACAACGAGGCCUACCCGGACCACAUGUGUCAACACCAGCCCCGGCCAGCCCACCGCCGGUCCUGCAACCCUCACCCUUGCCCGAAGACCAAGCGCUGGAAGGUUGGCCCGUGGACACCCUGCUCAGCCUCCUGUGGGGGCGGAUUCCAGUCUCGCCCUGUCUACUGUGCGUCCUCAGAUGGGGCUGGUGGCCAGGAAGCUGCUGAGGAGAGCCAGUGCGCUGGUCUCCCAGGGAAGCCCCCUGCCACGCAGGCCUGCAACCUGCAGCGCUGCGCAGUCUGGAGUGUGGCACCCUGGGGAGAGUGUUCAGUCACCUGCGGAGCCGGCAUCCGGAAGAGGAGCGUUACCUGCCGGGGGGAUGGGGAGUCUCCGGUCCCUGCCACAGCAUGUUCCUCGAUGGACAAGCCAACCGUCACGGAGCCCUGUGUGCAAGAGGUCUGUCCUGUGUUCCGAGGCCAGGCCUGGCAUGUCGGCACGUGGAGCCUCUGCUCUAAAAGCUGUGGUUCAGGCACUCGGAGGCGACAGGUCAUCUGUACCAUUGGGCCACCUGGUCACUGUAUGGACCUGCAGUCAUCCAAGCCUGCCGAGGUGGAACCCUGCAACAGACAGCCCUGCCAUCUUCCGCAGGAGGUCCCUAGCAUUCAGGGCUCACGGAACCGCCCCUUAGACCCUAGGAUGCAUUCAGGCCUGCAAGUGUCUCCAGUCUCAGAUGCUAGAGACCAGCGGUGGGCUGCCCAGGAGAGACCCAGGGCCCAGAGUAACCCCAGGCAGGGGCAGGACCCCCACCUGUCACCUGCAGGCCGGGCCCCCACUCUGCAGCACCCUCCACACCGGGCACCCCCGAGGCCUAGCUCAGGGCCCCAGGACUGCAGACACAGCCCCCACGGGUGCUGCCCUGAUGGCCACACACCAUCUCUUGGGCCCCAGUGGCAAGGCUGUCCCCUGGCUGGGGCCUCGUGUCUUCAGAGCAGGUACGGGUGCUGCCCCGAUGGGGUGUCUGCAGCUGAGGGGCCCCAGCAGGCUGGCUGUGCCAGGUCUCACAGCAGUGACAAUACUGGGAACAGGCCAGGGUCCAGGGCAGCGGCUUCCAAGGUCCCCAAGAUCCACCAACCCCAGGCCCAGGAGGGCGAGCCCAGCGACUGCCGCAGCUCCCAGUUUGGCUGUUGCUACGACAACAUGGCUUCUGCAGCUGGUCCGCUGGGGCAGGGCUGCGUGGGCCAGCCCAGCUAUGCCUACCCAGUGCGGUGUCUGCUGCCUAGUGCUCCUGGGUCUUGUGGAGACUGGGCUGCCCGCUGGUACUUUGUGCCAUCGGUGGGCCGCUGUAACCGCUUUUGGUAUGGUGGCUGCCAUGGCAAUGCCAAUAACUUCGCAUCGGAGCAGGAGUGCAUGAACGGCUGCCGGGAGCACCCCAGGCCCCGCCGUCCUGAGGUGGGGGCCUCUGGCCAUCGAGUCCACGUGGAUGGUGGCCAGCGUGGUCCUGGAAGGCAGCAGGAAGCUGAUUGGCACAGGUCAGGAGCCACAGUCCCGAGACUGCCCUCGCCUUCUGGAAGUCCGUGGCGGAGGGAAGAGGAGGCUGGGCCGUGGGAAGCCUCCCACACCCCAGCCCGUGGAAAACGGCCUGGAGGCCAGGAGCUCCGGCCCAGAGUCCCGGCACUGGGUAGAGACGCCAGACCGCCAGUGCCACCCACACGUAGCUCCUAUAGGAUCAGCUUGGCAGGCCCGGAGCCUUCCCUGGUACAGGCAGCUGCAGGGCAGGCGGUACAGCUCUUUUGCCCCGAAAACACCCAAAGGGAAUUCCAGGCAGGAUGGCAGAAAGAAGGCCGGCCCGUUUCUUCCAUCAGGCACCAGCUACAGUCAGACGGCUCCCUCAUCAUCAGCCCCUUGAGGCCAGAGGACGCUGGCGUCUAUAGCUGUGGCAGCCACAGGCCAGGCCACGACCUCCAGGAGAUCCAGCUUCAAGUCACAGGGGGUGACAGAGCAGUGUUGUCUGAGGUCCAGCCGAGCCAUUUCCCUCAGACCAGGAACCCAGACCCUGACCACGGUCCUCGGAACCCUGGAAUGGGAACAAGAGCUGGGAACCACCGCAGGCCUGCCACCAGGCUACGCCUGGACCGGACUCAGCCUGGGGUGGUGGAUGCCAAUCCUGGCCAGCGGAUCCGGCUUGCCUGCCGUGCUGAAGGCUUUCCGGUCCCCACCAUUGAGUGGCAAAGAGAUGGAGAGCUGAUCUCUUCUCCCAGGCACCAGGUGCAGCCCGAUGGCUCUCUGGUCAUCAGCAGAGUGUCUGUGGAGGAUGGUGGCUUCUACAGCUGUGUUGCUUUCAAUGGGCAGGACCGAGACCAGCGCUGGGUCCAGCUCAGAGUUCUGGGGGAGCUGACAAUCACAGGCCUGCCUCCUGCUGUGACAGUGCCAGAGGGUGAUACGGCCAGGCUGCUGUGUGUGGUGCCUGGAGAAAGUGUGAACAUUAGGUGGUCCAGGAAUGGACUGCCAGUCCAGGCUGACGGCCACCGUGUGCACCAGUCCCCAGAUGGCACACUGCUGAUCCACAACUUGCGGCCCAGGGACGAGGGAUCUUACACGUGCAGUGCCUACCGUGGGAGCCAGGCUGUGAGCCGCAGCACUGAGGUGAAGGUGGCCCUGCCAGCACCAGCGGCUCAGUCCAGGGACCUGGGCAGGGAGUGCGUUGACCAGCCGGAGCUGGCCAACUGUGCCUUGAUUCUGCAGGCCCAGCUCUGUGGCAAUGAAUACUACUCCAGCUUUUGCUGCGCCAGCUGCUCCCGCGUCCAGCCCAAUGCUCAGCCUGCCUGGCAGCAGGGAUGAAGCCUAGCAGCGGCGCCAGUUCCAGAUAGUCUGCUGGGGAGAAGGGAUGGUAAGACAUGGCUUUCGGAGGGAGUCAUCUUUCAGAUACUGGCCCUCUUAGAAAGGCAGAGUUAAGCCCCAGCAGCUGCCAUGCCAGCCUCCCCUAUAGCCCUCAGCAGGGUCUGUCUGUUAAGACUACAGGCUGCUGUGAAGAGGAGGAAACUGCCUACACAGAACUGCUCCUUUUCGCCUCCCCUCUACAGUUUCUGCUGUGUCGAGGACCCUUUCUCUGAAAUGCCUGGGACCAAAGUACUCUUAAACUUUUAAGUAUUUGUAGACUUUACUAAUUGAGCAUCUCUUACCUAAAAUUCAAGUGCUCUGAAGCUUGAAACAUCUAACUGCCAUGUCAGCCUUCAAAAAUGUCUGGGUUUCAAAGCACGUUUGAUUUUGGUGAGGGAUGCUCAAUUUUACAGAGGAUCCACUCGGCACACUACAGAGCAGGCUGGGUGGGAGGUCUGUGCCAGUGAGGGGAGUGGUAACUACUCAGUCAGAAAAACUCUGUGUGAGCCCAGUGUCCCUGGGUCGGAGGGUGAUCUGUCAUUCAAGCCUUUUCAUCAUCCCACUUUUCAUUGUUCCACACUUGUGUGGAACGCACAGUGUAAUGCUUCGGAAAGCCCUCAGCAAGGUGGAAUAUAACCAUACGGCCUCAGUGCAGGGGCAUGGGGUGAAAAAGCCAGAUAGCCUUACAAUCUGAGUGUGAGAAAACUGAGUAAGACCUGCAGUGCAGGGGUGCUACCUCCUGGGGUCGCCCUACAAAGCAGGCUGGGAAGGUUCACUCCUUUAUACAGCCCACUGGCCCGCUCUGAGCAGCAAAGAGCCAUGUUUCCUACGGGAAUCUGUGGAGAAAAAUAUUUGCUGCUAGAGAAAAGUCAGACUAUGCUGAGAACAGCAGCUGGGGGCUGGUGAGAUGGCGGCGUGGUAGAGGCACUCCCUGCCAAACCUGAUGCCCUGAGUGUGUCCCCUGCAACCACACUGGUGGAAGGCAGAACUUGUCCCGACUGCCGUAUACAGUUAGGGGUUGGGGAUUUAGCUCAGUGGUAGAGCGCUUGCCUAGCAAACGCAAAGCCCUGGGUUCGGUCCUCAGCUCUGGAAAAAAAAAAAAAGAGAGAGAGACUACAGUUAAACAGUAGCUGGGAGUGGUGAUGCAUGCCUGUAAUGCCAAUGCUUGGAAGGCUAAAACAGGAAUGCCACACUGGGAGCCAGCUUGGGCCACAGAGUGAAACCCUGUCUCAAAUUAAACAACCCACCCACCCCGAACCCACAAACCCCAGCAUGAGCAGGAUGUGGGUGCAAUGUGGCAAUCAGGGGAGUGAUUUUAGUAGUAGGCAUCCUUCAUCUUUCAGAACCUCUGAUUUCUUAAUGAUGGAGGAAGAGGCCUGGAUUUAGUGAGCUCUCAGGGCUCUCCAUUUUAACUUCUGCAACUCCUCUAGAAGAUGGUCCUAGUACCAAAGGUUACUAGGAAACCACAGUCCUGACAUAGGCUGAAAAACAAAGCAGCAUGUGUAAGUGGCACCUCAAGCUACCCUGCUCAAAAAGGGAAGAGGCAGGGAGCUGAGAAACCUCUUGGUUCCAGCUGUUAACAGGCAGAAGCAGGGGGCUAAGUUGAGGGUAAGAGGUGAGCUACUCUGGACUUAACCUUAUUCCAUACAGAGUAAAUAAACUCUUCAAAAUCUAAAGCACAACCUGGGAUCCUCCCCACUGAAAUUCUGAUUUAACUGGCCUGUGAAUAGGCUGGGUAUUAGGUGGCUUGUGUGUUUGUGUGUGGGAUCUCAUGCAUGCUCAGUACACUGUUCCACUGAGCUACUCCUCAGGAAUUUGAAUAUUAAUCCAAAGCUCUGUCAGGCUUGGUGGUGCAAGCCUUUAAUUCCAGCAAUUGGAAGAUGGCGGUAGGUGGACCUCUGAGUUGAAGGCCAGCCAGGGCUACUUAGUGAGACCCUGUCUCUAUACACACAGCACCAGUCCACCCCCGGGCUGGGGCCAGGAGUCUCCAGCUUCUCUGCUGUGGCUGCAGACCAAGAACCAAGGUGCACCUGUGAAACUUACAGAUAUACUUGUCCCAAUAAAAAACUUUACAGUCACAAGCUAGGAAUCAGCAGUAGAGAGAGAAUUAGUUACAAGCUAGAAAUCAGAAGUAGAGAGAAUUAGAUCAAAAAACAGAACUAUAGACUCAUUUACAAAUAAGAACAGCCCUUCAUGGGCAAAA